UCAUUGAUUUUGGAUUGCGGCGGCGUGGAAAAUGGCUAGUCAAGAGAUACGCAUAAGUUUGCCUGGAAUGACAAAAGUACCGUUAAUAGAUAGAAAAGAAGAUAUUUACUCUAUUCUUCGAACUUAUUUCCACCAGUUUUCUCCAGUUGAGGGAAACUUGAACAUACGCCCUUCAGCUUGUUUCUCCCCUCACAUCUUUGGGGCUGGCAAGAGUUUUGUUGGUGAAAAUUUUUUAGAGUUUCUAAAAAAAUUCGCCGACGAAGAAGAAGAGCAGACGAAGACAGAGGUUUUCAACAAGAGCUCAUCGGGAAAAGUUGAUUUGAAGAUUUUUUCUUGGAAACACUUUGCGGAAAACACUUUGUCAGUUAUCUUAGAACUAAGAGAGAGCUUUUCUGAUGCUCCUUUUCCAAGUUUUCGAAAGGCUUUGAUGUAUAACAUAGUUUUUAGAGCCUUUCGUCAAAAUGGAAGAAGAAAAGAUGCCGCUCACGUUGCUUCAACGAUAAUCAAGGACCACAACUUGGACGAUAUCAUAGAUUUUCUUCUCGAACAAUUUCAGAAACAAUAUUUAUUUUUGAUGAUAGACGAACUUAGUCACCUGAGUUACCUCACCACAUACUAUAGUGAACUUACCACGAAACAGUUCGUCGAGUCUGACCCAAAAUAUGUACCUUUCCGGAAUUUCUUCCGUAUUUUACGUGAUUUGUUGAUUACAGGGAAGGUAAUUGUCUAUUUGGCAGGUCGGACUGCUGAAAUCUCAGCCCGCCUGUCUGAUGCUCGCUCCAGUAGUGUCGCCCUCAAUAUGUUGCGGCUGAAUCCCUUUAAUCUCCAUGAUAUUAAUGAAUAUCUUGAGCUGGCAACUUAUGAUGGAAAGUCCUUGAAGGACUGGUUAUUGCCCUCAGAUGGCUUGCAACAUCGAUUCGCAGAAUUAUUAAAAAAGAAGACAGGGGGUAUUCCGUUGAUUGUAAAGAAUACUUUAUUAGCCCUAGUAGAGAAAGUUGCAAACUUAUCUCAUCCUGCUAUCAACGAUGACAAUAUGGAAAGUGUGUUAGAUGAUAUUUUUCACUCUGUAGUACGAAAGACAACAACGUUUAUUGUUCCGGAGAUAUUAGAUUCUGCAACCCUUCUUCGAUAUCAAUUUGUUCUUUUCAAUUAUCAGCUCGGGACAGUUUUUCCAAUCAACUUUGCAAUUACUCUAUGUGGAACGACAACUUAUUUGAUGGAUUUGGUUGCAACUUUUGGGUUUUACUCUGAAGUUUUGGGCGAAGAAUUCAAGAUUGGUUGUUGUGAAUUUAUAUUGCGAGCUCAUAGCAACUAUAAAUUUUUCCGUGAGGCUACUGAACUUUUUCCUUUAUCUCCGUUUAGUUAGUUCCCGACACUUCAACAGCAAAAGGAGUCUUCUUUGAA